UCGCCGGUCAACUCACUGCUCUGUUGAAGCUGCACACGCCGCUCACGCACCGCGUGCGACCAAUAAAACCGUUUGAAUCGCGCUACGCGCUACAUCUCGAGGAUUUUUUUCAGUGACUCGAUAAAAUGGUUUUGAAAAGGAAACAGCACAAUCGCUAUCUCGCGAUUGGCAUUGUUUAUAUCGCCACAAUUAUCAGCCAGGCAAUGACCGAUGACCCCCGAUUUGCAGAGCCUAUACCAAAUGUCACCGUCGCCCUCGGGAGGGACGCCAGUCUACCCUGUGUUGUGGACAACUUGGGUACAUACAAGGUGGCGUGGAUACACAUAGAUCGUCAAAUGAUCUUGACGAUUCAUCGGCACGUUAUAUCUAGAGUGCCCCGGUUCAGCGUGACCCACGACAAUGCAAAGACUUGGUUGCUGCACGUCAGUAGCGUACAGAAAGAAGACAGGGGUUACUACAUGUGCCAAGUAAACACGAAUCCCAUGAUCAGUCAGGUCGGAUAUCUUCAAGUAGUGGUUCCGCCCAACAUCAUCGAUACUGAAAGCACGCAAUCUACGGUCGCCGUCCGUGAAAACCAAAACAUAAGUCUAACGUGCAAGGCAGAUGGGUUUCCCACGCCGAAAAUCAUGUGGAGGAGGGAGGAUGGCCAGCAAAUUUCCGUCGAACGCCGAAAAAAAGUUUCUGUGUAUAACGGGGAGCAGCUAAAUUUGACCCGUAUUAGCCGAACGGAAAUGGGAGCUUACCUCUGCAUAGCUACUAACGGCGUACCACCCUCCGUUAGCAAACGUAUCAUCGUAGAUGUCGAAUUUUCUCCAAUGAUCUGGGUGCCGAACCAAUUAGUGGGGGCUCCGGCCGGGACUGAUGUUACUAUCGACUGUCAUACCGAAGCCUACCCGAGAGCCAUCAGCUAUUGGGUGUACGAGAAUGUAAUGUUGCUACCCACAAAGAAGUAUGGCACCGACACAACUGAAAACAGCUACAGGGCCCACAUGAAAUUGACGGUGCGAAACCUACAGACUGGAGACUUUGGAAACUAUCGAUGCAUCUCGAAAAACUCUCUCGGGGAAACUGAGGGAUCCAUUCGCCUAUACGAAAUUCCAAUGCCAUCUACACCCCCAAGAGCAACUGAAAUGAAAAGUAAUUCGAAUAAAGAAAACUCUGCUAAACGAAAUAUCAGCAGACCCUUAGUCCAAGAAAGUCCAAAAGACAGGCCGAAAGUCGUUAUGGUGUCAUCAUCUGAAAAGGACUCCGUCGUGAAAGUCGGCCCUCCUGUAGAUUCCGGUAUGGAAUUGUACACUCCUCCGAAUUCCCAGUCAGGAUGUGUCAGUAUGGCUAGGUGGGCGCUACCGCAGUUUGCAGCUGUUAUACUUCAUUGUUUUUUAUCUGGUACGUUAUCCUUUGCCCAGAACUAAUAAAAAAUGCAGCUCAAACAUUUUGAUUGCUCAGAUUUUAUUUCACAAUUCUUACCGUCUCUAUAAAAGCCGUGACAAUUAUAAUAGAUUUACUUUAUUUAGGCGUUUGUUUUUUCAGAAAAAAAAAAACAAAAACUGUGCAUAUUUGUUCGUGCUAAUCGGAUUAUAUAUGUAUGUAGAUAGAAUAUGUGUCAUAGGUCAGUGUUGAAAAAAUAAAUGUCUAAAUAUGGCAAUAUUCAGUCCAUACAUACAUGAUAUUUAAAAUUAAAAACAUAUCAUAUAAAUGCUGAA